AUGAGCACGUCGGAGUUCUACGCGCUUCAUUGCGUGUACGGCGGUCUGCGUGAAGUGUUACCUGCCUCUUUGGCGACUGAACAAAGUAUCACCAGUCGAUGCGGUGCAGUAGAGAGUGCAGCAGCGGGCGCGCCACCCUUGAUUGCCGCGAGCGACGCCGUUGGCACAGUGGACCCCCCAAGCACAGCCGUGCCGAUGAUAACAUACGACGCAGAUGCUCUGCCGGCCAAUAGUGAAGCACAUGUGGUUCACCGCCGCAUGCCAGACGACAGCGCUUUCUUAGUGACGCCAGACGCCGAGCUGUGUGCGCGGCACCACGCCUCACUGGCACAGGUGUGGGCCUGGCGAACGCAGCUCAGCCAACGUCAGAGCCCCCUUUCUCCCAGAGUGUCCACCAGCGGCACACUGUCAGCAUGCGGCCGUUGUGCACUUGAAGAGGCAGCAGAUACAACGCUGGAGGGAGGCACGUUUCACUUACUGCACGGACUCUGCAACGGCUGCCAGUCUUUCCUUCCCCUCACUCUGGCAGGCAGUGGCCGACACGCGCAUGGCCGUGUACCCGCUGCGGCGGUUUCAUCCAGGCACCUCUCCAUCCCCACUGGCCUUCGCUCACUGGACGUGGCGCUGCUGGGCGGGCUGCGGCGCGGAUGGGUGACUGAGCUGACGGGGCUCCCUGGCACCGGCAAAACGACGCUGGCGGCGGCGUGGUGCCGCUGCUGCCUCCGCCACACUAGAUUGUGUGGAGUGGCGCACGACUGUGUGUGGCUGCAGUCCGGCAGCGCCGUCGAACCUUCCGUUCUGAGCAUAGCGCAUGAAGAGACAAACGCAACUGAGCUGCCGUCUUUGGCCGCUGCCGUGCACAUCACGUCUCUCUCUAACCUCGAGGACCUCCAGCAGUUGCUAUACCGCUGGCAAGGCACAAGCGCAUCUACGUCUCCGCUCUCCACCGUUGGGCUGAUCGUGUUGGAUAGCAUCACCGAACUUGUGCAACGCAGCUUCUGCUACCGAGACGACGACGCGCUGGAGCGGUAUGAAGCACUGGCUACGAUACUGCGAUCGCUGAAGCGACUUGCAGAGGAGCAGCACGUGGCUAUCCUCGUCAUCACAAAGCAGCGGUGCCCUCCCUCGCCCACGUUCAGACGACCCGGCAUCUCGCACACCAGCUGUGGUGCGUACGAGGAGGACGGCAACGCAGGCGAGGAAGACAGCGAGGCGUGGGGCAGCGAGUAUGGCAGACGUGCUAGUGGAGGCGCGGGUGUUGUCGGUCCUCACGUUUGCCGUAGCAACUCCAGUGCCGAAGAUGUAGGACAGCUUGGCCGACUGUUCUUCCACAAUGUGAAUGUGCGGCUUCAGCUGCGAACCGGUGUGCCGUGUACCGGCUGCAGACCCUCGUCACGAACACCCUUUAACGCUGGCGACCUCGAGGACAGCGGGGAUGCAAUGCGGCUCAGGUGGCAGCUGGAGGUUCUGAAGUCUCCGCUGUGUGCACCGUUCGCCGUAGCUCUUCGACUGAGGGCUCCGUCAUCCUUGUCGUGCAUAGAUGGCCUUCCCUCUGUGCCAGGGCCUCCUCUCUGCGUAGAGGAGAUUGAAGACGAAGAUGAGAGUGGUGGGGCCGUGGUGCCGCUGGCACCGAACACGCAAUUUGAAGAGGACUUGGCUCUGGUGUCUUUGGACCCGUGGGACUACACGGAAGUGCCAUUCUUCCUGUGCCUGUGA